CGUACGAAAAUAAGUUAAACACUGUUUAACCGAUGUUCUUCUUAUUCACAGAAUGGCCAGGAACGGGGAUCUUGGAAGAAUAUUGAAACCACUCUGAACAUGUAGAGUAAUGAGAGGGAAAUAACAAACAAGAAUCAGCGCGAUGCGUAAUGGUGUUCAUUCAAUUCUUUUUAGAAUUUUAUCAGCCGUGAGUCACGCUCUUUACUAAUACGGAGCCACGUCGAUUCUGACGGAAUUGUAUUACGAUGAAAUCAUUAAAGCACACUCAUGGGGAGAUUUAUCAUACGGUCUAAUUGCUCGGCAGGUACUGGAAAUUACGGUGAACUUCAAAAUGAAUUCUUUAACGCAUAACCGCUCCUCCGUUCCAGCUUGCAAGAUGGCGGCAGCGAGAGCAAUGCUAACCAUAGUAAGAUAACGACGGCGAAGACGGUGCCCUCGUGAGCACAUUUUCCUACGUCACAAGAACCGCAACAAUUGGCAUGGGAAAAUCGUAAACGUAUGAGAUGCAUCUUCCUCUUCUUUCCUGAAGGCUCGUAAGUAAACCGAAUGCACUAAUUAGCUUGUGGUCUUAAAUAUUCAUUUUCAAUCGCAUCCCCUUUUUCGAUCUCGGAGCUGCAAAAAUGGCAGCAGAGGGAAACCCCUCGGGAGAAUUGCUGGGUGCCGAAUACGAAAUCCCCUCGAAAGUUAUUAACGAAUACCGGUGUACUUGGGAUACCAACCGAAGGCAAUUCUCACAGCAUCCCUUGUACAAUAAACGAGAGGGGAUGAAACUCUGUGACGUCAAUAGGCUAUCGCACGUCGGUGGAUUCACAUGGCUGCCUUCGAAGAUCAGCCAGACGCAAAGGUGUCCGGUAAAGGUGCGACGCGCGCCAGUUGGCGGAAAAUCUGAUUUUCGCCUCCGAUGAGUUGACAUUAGAGAGAGUGUAAUUUCAAAGAUAAAGGUGUAAUUCCCCGGUUUUCCUAUAAAUAUCCUCCUUCUGGAAACUCCGUAAACGACCACAUUCAGUUUUAUCAGUUUCGACGAAUUUUAAUGUACGAGAGGGUGAAAUUAAAUUAAGAAUGUGUACCUGGAUGAGAAAGUAAUACACUUCAGCAAUUGUGAAUUAGUAGGAAGAUUAGUUGCGCGUUAAAGUUCAGGACCAUUGUUUAUGUGAAAGAAAUGAAGCGAUUUCUCGUCCUCGUUGGUGAUCUUGUGCAAAAAGAUACGACAGAACGAUGCUGCGUCGAGGACGAUACGAAUCUUGAAAACAAAGAGAUCUGGAAUAAAUCCAGAACUGAAUUUAUAAGCCACUGCUGAAGAACUUUAUCACUCACGAUGUCGAAUUUUCGCACGAAUGCAUCGUUGGAAGCAACGUGAGGCAUUAAGAAAAAAUAAAUCAUUGCAAGAUAAUGAUUACAGAACAGACGUGGAGUAUGAUGCUUGACAGUGAUGUUACAAGCAUGAACGAAUCGGGUAUUUCACCGCGGAAGCAAUUAUGGAUUAAGGCCGUGAAAAAGCUCACAUCCGAGAGGCUCGGAAGGGAGGGUCUUGCAGCUUGGAACUCCGAACUCGGAGCAAUAGACAUUAAAGCCAUGGAGAAAAUAGUCGAGGACGAAAAGGAAACUGUCGAGGAAGCGGAGCCUGCCGCUGCUAAGCAACCUAUUCUGGAAGAGGAGACUCAUACUCAGCCAGACGUUUUCAAGAAAGGCAUCAUGAUCAAGGGAAUAUUCUGCCCAUCCCUGACCAACAGUUUUCACAACGAACAGUUGGAGUCGUCGUAUCUGAUUUAUUCCAAUUGUCAGAGACAGAAAUCACUCAUCAUGCUCAACGUAAUAGACCUCGGUCUCAAGAUUGCACUCGUUGUUACCUGGCUGUGGCGAAGAAACGAGGUGAGCGAUGGAUUGGUCGAGUCGAUAUCUUGGACGAUUUGUUGCAUGAUCGCAAACUUGAUGGUCUGCAUUUUGGGCUGGUGGCGGUGUUUCUCAAAUAAUUACUUGUACUGGGCCUCAGUCUUCACUUGGCUUUUCAUAAACUCUCAAGGUUUCAUCGGCGCAGGACUGAAUUUCACUACUCAACAAAGGUGGAUGUGGUACGUUCUCUUCGUGGUGUACGCUCCUUAUGCCAUGUUGCCUCUGCCUUUGCGAUGGUGCGUCUUGGCCGGCUUUGGAACUGCUUUUACGCAUUCAGCGAUGGCCGUUAUCACUCUAAUGCGCGAUUCGCAAUACUUCCAGGAGACGAAAUGCAUAUUGCAAAUGCUUGCAACAAACGUACUCCUGUAUCUCGCUGUGAACCUCGCCGGCCUGUACACAAAGUAUUUAACGGAUAGAGGACAACGCCAAGCAUUUUUGGAGACCCAUCGAUCAAUGGAGACGCGGCAACGCACCCAAAACGAGAACAAUCGCCAGGAAAAGCUGCUACUCUCUGUUCUUCCGGACUUCGUAGCCAAGGAAAUGAUUCGCGACAUAGCUCGCGAGACGGCACGAGGAGGAACAAUUUCUUUUACGCCUAACCAGUUCCACCGAAUCUACAUACAUCGCUAUGAGAACGUCAGCAUUCUUUUCGCAGACAUCAAAGGAUUCACCGCCCUGGCGAGUCAAUGCAGUGCUCAGGAACUCGUCAAGGUCCUGAACGACCUCUUCGCUCGCUUCGAUCGACUUUCGGCAGAGAAUCAUUGCUUGCGAAUCAAACUUCUUGGAGAUUGUUACUACUGCGUCUCGGGUCUUCCCACUGCUAGACCAGACCAUGCACAUUGUUGCGUGGAAAUGGGGCUGCACAUGAUAAAGGCCAUCCGCGACGUACGAUACACCACCAAGGUGGACCUGAACAUGCGGAUAGGAAUUCACAGUGGUUCCGUGCUUUGUGGAGUUUUGGGAUUGCGGAAGUGGCAAUUCGACGUCUGGUCCUACGAUGUAACCCUGGCAAAUCAUCUCGAGAGUGGAGGCAUACCUGGGAGAGUGCAUAUCUCUGCCGACACCUUGAACUGUCUCAACGAUGCGUACGACGUGGAGCCUGGUCACGGAGCUGAAAGGGACAAUUAUUUAAAGGAGAGAAACGUGGUGACGUAUUUAAUCAAGCAAGUGGAGCCUCUGAGGUCCAGAAGAAGAUAUUCCUCGCGGCCGAAAAUAUGGGCCGAAGACGACACGAAUAGAACUCGCAAAAGCUUCAGGAUUUCUAAUCCCCUUUCGGGUAACAGUGGCCACGGGACGGAGGAAGAUGUUGGUCCGGAUUGGACCCCAGAGAUUCCAUUCGGAAACCUGAACACUGCGACCUCCAUCAGUAAUUUGGAGUCCGAGUAUCUGGACGACGAGAACGACAACAAGAAUCAGAAGUCCACGACGACCUUCUUCUCAAAAGCUGGUGGACUAGAGACUGCCAGUAAUAAAAGAAUGAGGACUGCUAAUAUUAACACCUGGACGUUGAGUUACAAUGAUAAAAGCCUCGAGCAGAAGUUCGGCCAACUGCGCGAAGACAUGUUCAAGUCGAACAUGACCUGUUGCUUCGUCAUCUGGCUCUUCAUCGCUACGUGCCAGGCUGUAAUCUUACCAAGCUGCACGGUACUGCUGUUAUCUCUCCUGUGCACGACGAUCCUACUGGUGGCAUCUUCUAUUCUGGUAAUGGCUGAAGAGUUUAAGAGCCUCCCAAAGUGUCUUCAGCGUGCUUCCUCCUUGCUGGUGCACAAGAAGCAACACCGUACCACCUUCAUCUGCGGGGUCAUCGCUUUGAUGGCCUUGGUCUCUUCCGUGAGCGUUCUGGUCUGUCCAGCCCAGGGUCAAUGGCUAGAAGAACCAACCGACCCUAGUAAUACAUCAACCGCAUCAAAACUGAUCGACCAACUCGAAGACGCCCCGCCAACGGUCGGCCUGGACGAACUAAUUCUAGGAUUUCUAGAAGUGGCUUUAAAGGACGAUAAUACAUACGACUCCAUCAGGAGAUCUUCAUCCUCCCUGGAGGACGUGACCACGAUCUCCUCCUCGACCUCGAAUCUCCGAACGAAGCUGACGACCGCCUUCCAAAGAGGCUCCAGGAUGUUCCACCGGCAAUUUAGGAAGUUCUCUCAUUUUUACAAAUACUCGGAGUACUAUAAAACUGAGCUGAAGAGACACUACAAGAAGCACGAGGAACGGAGGAAGAGUUCUAGGAAAGAACUGGAUGGCUUCUUGGCUUUUGGGAGGAAAUUGUUGUCCUAUGCAGGAGAGCCAUUGGACGUUAACGAUAAAGCUGGUCUUGAUAAAGAAAGAAUAAAGCCCAGUUGUUUAAGACCGGAGCAUAUAGUCUUCACGUGGAUCCUAUGUCUCAUUGCGCUCGCUUCAGCUUUGAAGUUGUAUUACUUGGUCAAGACUGCCUUGGCGAGUGUGAUCGUACUUGUCUAUGCGGUUCUAAUCCUGGUCGUUUGUCGGAAAUUAUUCGCCUCAAGUUCUGAUGGGGAUAAGACGACGGCGACUCCUCUCUCGGCCCAGAUGAUGAUCUUCCUUGUCGUCUUCCUGGUCAUGGUGACAUAUCACGGCAGGCUCGUCGAAGUUACCUCCAGGCUGGACUUCCUUUGGAAACAACAAGCCGAGAGGGAGUUAUCGGACAUGAUCGAGUCACGGCACAAUAACAUGCAGCUUCUGAAGAACAUCUUACCCGAUCACGUUGCUCAUCACUUUCUUACGCAGGAAAGAGCCCCUGAGGAGCUGUACUCGCAGUCCAGAGACAGAGUGGGCGUGAUGUUUGCGAGUGUCCCCAAUUUUACGGAAUUUUACUCAGAGGACGUCAACAAAGGGAUGGAAUGCAUAAGAUUACUGAAUGAAAUCAUCGCUGACUUUGACGAGUUACUGGACGAGACUCGAUUCCACUGCAUCGAGAAGAUCAAAACCGUAGGAGCAACUUAUAUGGCGGCCUCUGGUCUCAAUCCAAGCCAAAACGAAAAGUAUAAAGACGACAAGGAACACCUCUGCAGACUAGUGGACUAUGCCAUGUCGAUGAGGCUCCGACUGGAGGACGUCAACGUCCACUCCUUCAACAAUUUCGACCUUCGAGUAGGAAUCAGCUGUGGCCCUCUAGUCGGAGGUGUCAUUGGAGCUCGAAAACCUGUCUUCGACAUAUGGGGUAAUACCGUCAACGAGGCAUCCAGAAUGGACUCAACAGGUGUCAUGGGGAAGAUCCAAGUUCCUCGUGACAUCGCAAAGUAUCUAGAAUCUCGAGGAUACCAGACGCAGAAGCGAGGACAUAUCGAAGUUAAAGGCAAAGGGACUAUGGAGACCUACUUCGUCCUAGGGAAGGGGACGUUUCAUCCUGGAGGGUCCACUAAACACACCAGCACUUGUCGCAGCCUCGCUGCAGUCGUCUACGGAGUCGUGCAGGCACGACGAAAGCAGAUGCGAGCCCUUAGAAGACCGACGGCUGAUCCUACGCUGUGACAGUUUUCUGACUUCCUUCGAAACGGAUACUUUACAUUAGGAAGUGUUGACCCGAAAACCGUCACGUUACCACCAUUGUAGAUCUCCACAGACUGGCAUUAUCGCUCUACCUCCUGGAAUUAAAUCGUCACAAUGACUACAAGAUCGAUACGAAAACCGGAGUGAUAAACUCGAAGUUAGAGACGAUCAGCUUGGGAAAUAUUUGCCAGGAACACUUUGAUACCACCAAGGUAGAUCCACGGAUCUACCUUCUAUGCAUAGGUUCUCGUCGCACAGACCACCGAUGGAUUAAAAGACCGGAGAGAAUUGAUUUCAAAGUUAGAUCUUGCUUAGGAAAUUCUACCAAAGAAAGCGUACCAGUUGCCAAUUGGCUCCAAAGGUUGGAGACGAUUGGCUUUAACGUAAUUGUCAUUUGCAAUGCAGCUCUUAAUCGUUAAU